CCAACUUGACAGCAUAUCGUCAACUUUAACAUAUUUAGUGUAUUUUAACUCGUAAAAUAACCAUGUUACCAGUUACCAGUAAAGAUAAGCAGUAUAAACCAGGAUGGCGCGUGAAGGAGAAGGCAUAUGGCUGGAUGAGGUUGAUUAUGUCAGACAAGACCUCAAGGAACUUGUUUUUAUUUUUGCUGCUAAAUCUUUCGUUUGCUAUAGUGGAACUACUAUAUGGUAUAUGGACCAACAGUCUUGGCCUGCUAUCGGACUCGUUUCACAUGUUCUUCGACUGCACAGCCCUGCUAGCGGGACUAGCUGCGUCUGUAAUCGCAAAGUGGCGAAAAACGGAUAAAUUUACAUAUGGGUAUGUGCGAGCAGAGAUCAUAGCUGGAUUUGUGAAUGCGUUAUUUCUGCUGUUUAUUGCAUUCUUCAUCUUUUCUGAAGCUGUAGAGAGGGCAGUGGAGCCACCGGAGGUGAAGCACGAGCGACUGUUUCUCGUGUCUGUUCUCGGAUUGCUCGUUAAUCUUCUCGGAAUCUUUGUGUUCGGUCACGGACACUCGCACGGAGACGGCGACCAUGGUCACAGUCAUGGAGGGAUAAGCUCAGCACAUCAUGACCAUCAUCAUGACACCACACAUGGUCUGGGCAUGGGUAAUGACAGUCACGGUCACAGUCAUGAUCACGGUCACGGCCACAGUCAUGAUGGUGACACCAGUCACGGUGGUGAACACAGUCAUGGUGGAGGGAGUUCCAGCUCAUUCAGCCAGAUCAGACAAGGAGUCUUCCUGCACAUACUCGCUGACACCCUGGGAAGCGUUGGCGUCAUAUUCUCUGCGAUACUAAUGCAUUUCUUCGGCUGGAUGAUCGCUGAUCCACUCUGUUCCAUGUUCAUAGCCGUGCUCAUCGCAAUAAGCACCAUACCACUGCUGCGAGAUUCCGUCAGCAUUCUAAUGAUGAGAACACCAACACAAUUGGAUUUCACCUUACCUGAGGCUUACUCCCGAGUGAGCCACCUCGAGGGUGUUUACAGCGUGCAGGAGCCACACUUCUGGACGCUGUGUAGCGACAUCUACGUCGGCACUGUGAAGCUUGAGGUAGCGAACAACGCCGACAUGCAGUACAUCCUCAGCAGCACUCACAACAUAUUCGCACAGAUCGGCGUGCGGCAGUUAUACGUUCAGAUCGAUCAGGUGGCGAUGUGACAGAGGCGAGAACUUGCGUGAUCGGCAUUGAAGUUCCAAAUCACGGCUGCGCUGUCGUUGCAUGGACGGGAGUAGCCAUGCCGACAUCGCUCCCCCCCCCAUACACGUCGUGCUCGACGCAAUGUUCGGUGUGGGAUGCACACUAAACAAUACAGCGUUCUACUCGUCAAUCUACGACGUCUCAGAGUAGGAGUGUGAGCGGGUGGGGUUCUGAGAGGGAGUGGUAGCAAUGUGCUAAGGGCUCACAUAGUCUGUGAUCAUACUGUCUUCUUACAGACGUGUUAGCCACUAGCCGGGAUCCAGUAUUUAUUUUUGUGUAUCGCGUAUAUGCUUGCUAGGGAAAUUGCUUGUUAACAAAUGUAUUAAUAUUAUUUUAUUGUGACGUUUGCGCGCAUCAGUCGUCUUUAUCCGUUCGGCCGUUUGUCGAACGGGGAAAAAAAUCUUUAUGUGUCAUUUGCAUUUAAUCGAUUCAGUCACAGCUAGAUACUGACACGAAGUGACGGAUAUGCUAACGACUCCUCUGUGGGUGUAUAAAUUACCUCCAAGCUACGGCUACAUUCAUGUUGACGUGCAUUUUUACACGCUGGACGAAAGACAGGUUUUUUUGACAAGCCCCUCCAGCACGCACUAGAUUUUUUUUAUCGCAGUAAUAAUGUAGGAGACGCUCUGGAAAUUCGGUGCCGACAAAAAAGUUUUGAUCUACGGACACCAACACGAAGCUCAAAAUCGACAGUACGCUAAACUUCAGGUCCGAUUCUGCAACUCGUAAAAAAAUAACCACAACUCAGUGGACACUUGUAAAGGAUGCAGAAACCCUUUCAGAGAGAUUCUGUUGAAAUUGAGAUGUGUGAUUAACCCUCCGUUACAUACUUACUGCAUGCACGCACACGCACACGCACACGCAAGCACACGCACGCAUGUGCACGCGUUACAAACUUAUGGAAUGCAUGGUUCUCCCCAGGAAUACCAGACAGCAUGUCGUUUGUGGACGGAUCAGAAAGGGCACGCGAAGGGGUUGUACCAACUGAAGUCAAUUACGCGUGUCAUACGCGACCCCCAAUACAAAGGUAAACUCUAUCUGUUCCGAGACAUGUACGUCAAGCUGUGGAAACACAGCAUCACGGCUGUGUUGGAACUGUCAAACGUAAACAUGGCUGGAAGUUAAGGCACGACGAUUCGACAACUGAGGCAUGUCGGACCCGACACGUGUUAUAAAGUUCUGCCGGAGAACCCUGCACGGGUAAUUAUUUACCGGGAAGGAACAUUCCUGUUCUUGGCUCACAAUAUUUUUUUUGUAAGCAUUUUUUCCAUUAUAAAAUGGUGGCUGUUAAUUCCAUUGGUUUUUGCUUGGUGGGGGCGGGGGUGGGGGUACGUGGGGGGGGUAUGUGACAACUACGUGUAUGUGGAUAAGGAUGACAACGUUUAGUUGCGUCACGAAUGCUGCCAUACGUGAAAGUACUCGUUUUCCGUUGCAUGUAUAUCGUUAAAACAUAUCUUUUCAACGCAAGAUCUCACCUCCAUUGAACGGGAAAAUGAGAUUCUUCUAAGGUGAUAUGAGGGGACGUAUAUUUUUUGGGGGGUGGGGCCAUCCUUAAAAAAUUAUAUGUUUGCUGUCCUCCGACCGACCCACGAAAAUAGCCGCGA